AUGUCCAACGACGCCCCGCAACCGUCUCCUCCCGCCGCUCCGGAGCAGCACGCCGUCAGCUCGCCUCCGGAGCAUCGUCAUGUCGAUGCCUCCUCGUCACAGACGCUGCUGCAGCUCUCCGAUGACACGUCGGCUGCCGGCCGGGCCCCCGAGGAGGGCAAGCACCCCAAGGGCAAGCGGAAGCGCACUGCGGCCAAGGAUAAGAUGAUCCUCGAGGAAGCGUACAAGAACAACCCCAAGCCCGACAAGCAAGCGCGUCUCGAGAUAGUCGACCGCGUCUCGCUCAGUGAGAAGGAAGUCCAGAUCUGGUUCCAGAAUCGACGACAAAACGACCGCCGGAAGUCGCGUCCCCUGUCUCCCGAGGAGCUUGCCGCUCUUAGGUACGGCGGCAUACACUGUGUCUCCUCGGAUUCCGGCACCCCCCUAGGCGCCAACCCCGAGUCCGAUAGACCUUUCCCGGCCUCCGACCCGGCUGCCGUCUGGGCUUCCGUAUCCCCCACGUUCAACCACAAUAGUCCGGAUCACUCACAGUCAUUUGCUGAUGCAUCCCUGCCGAGACAAGGAAGCCAAGAGACUACCACCCCAGCCCAGCCCGGGAAGACGCCACCGCAAGGAGAGGACACCCCGUCCUCGCAACCAUCUCAACCGACCGAGACAAUGGCUCACUCCUUCUCGAGCUCCGUAGGAUAUCUUGCCAACAGGUGGAACCUUGGCAGUUCCUUCUCCACCCCGUCCUCGCUCAGAGAGAGUGGAGAAGAGUCCCUCAAGCCCGAAUCGUGCCCUCCGUCGUCGUGCCCAUCCGACACGGGCCGCAACGCGACCAAGUCCCAGUCUCACGCCGAGCACGAGUCCAAUGGUUCGGCCAUUGCGGCCAUCAGUCUGCUGCGGUCUUCCUCUGGAAUCUUGCAAUCCAGCUCAACCAAGCGAAACGCAUCGGUCUCGAGACCACCACAGGCUCGCCAGGCCAAGAAGGCCAAAUUUGGCCGAACCAGCUCCACGUAUGCUCGUCUGGAAAAUGUCGGGACCGGGCUCGACAAGCCAGGCGACAGCUUCAAUGGGAAGGUCAAGGUUGCGAUGCUGGUGUCUUCGAACGACUCUGACAAGGAGAACUGGAGCCCCGACGAAGACGAUCAGAAGCGCCCGGGCUUGCUGAACAGCCGUGCCAACACGGCUCCCUCGGGCCUGAGCGGGUCGGCCAAAGGCGCCGUUGAGAUCUAUGAAGAUCCAGUCAAGAGAUCGCGGGACGAUGAGGUGGCCCGGUUCAUGCGGGGCGAGGUCAGCCCGAGCAAGAAGGGCGACAUGGACUGUGUGGCGGGACUCUUGUCCCUCAGCCAGGGAGCCUGGAGAUGA